UGAAAGCCUAGCGGGGCUCCCAGCGGUUACUACUACGAAGAUUGUGCUGUGCCGUAAUCAUGCCCUGGAAGCUAAACCACGUGAGGGAUGGCAGCCAGGAAGCGAGGCUACGGAGAGUUCAGGAGCGCAGGAACUGGCACGGGCUCCCAGAGAAAUAAGCUCUUAAAUUUGUCUUCAGCUUUCUCUUUCGAGACGGAAGGACACUCGAAUUGCUGGUGUCAUUUCCUUUCAUAGGCUGAUACUGACUCUGAGAAGGAAAGGGUUAUUCAAGGUCACACAGCCUAGAAAUAAAUUCAAACCUAGGGUGAUAAGAGGAAUGAGAAGUUUUUUCUGAUACCCCGCCCCGUUCAAGGUUCUAAACGCGGCAGCUCGAGUCAGAGAAUGAGACUGCUGCCCCUUGGCUCUUUAUUCCUUAACGGAAAUUUCUAGGGCCCUACCAAAAAGAAUGGAAAUAAAAAGCAUCCUGCCCCAGUAGUAGUAAAGGACUCUCAGGCGCAGUAACACUAGUCCCGUCGAUCCAAAACCCGGCUGUUUUGAAAAGUUAGGGAAAAAAAAGACUGGGAGAUGGCAAUUUGGCCAAGUCACACUUGACCUAAAUUCCAAAUCUCCUACCUUCAUUCUGAGAUUGUUUCAGAACUCUGCAGGCAGAUUCGGCUGGGUGGGAAUCUUGAAAAAGAGAUUGAUCAGGUAUCUUCUUCAACAGCUGACUUCAACCAAAAUAAAGAUUUAAAAAAUGUCCCCAAGACGGAAGGCCGGGCGUGGGAACCAUUUAGCGUUAGUCAAAUACCUACCCGGACUCAGUUUUUAGCUUCGCAGGAAGUAGGGUGCUAACUCGACCGGCAGGAAAUGCUUUUCCGCGAAUCGCAGGUUCUUCCUGCAGUUCAGCUGACCACGUGACCACGCGAUCCGGGCAAGAAUCGGGGCCGCCACGGUUCUGAGGGUUGCACCUGUGACUUUCGAAUUGAGGUACAUCUUACGGCUUUUUUGCGGGGAGCAGUAGGGCAACAUGCUUCUGAUUCAGCCUGUCUACUAAGCUAUAGAAUAUUUUAAUGAGAACUGGUUGGCAUAUUCCUGAAGAAGACUUUUAGUAGGGGCCAGUAUGCUGCACUUCAUUCAGAGGUUUUCUCAAGCAUCAUCAAAGAUGCUGAAGUAUCCUUUCACAAUGAUACUAGAAGCCAGCAGGAAAACAGAUACACUUUCUCUCAAGACACCUCUCCAGCGGAAGCUUUCCCCUUUGUGUCCAAGGCCUCAGUCUUUUCCAUCAAUUUCAGUGUGUAUGAGUAAGGCACAAUGCUAUCAUACAUCCUCAUGCAGCUUUAAGAAGAAGCAGGAGCAAGAAGUACUUCCAGCCAGGCCACCAAUUACCAUCACUUAUCUGCCUGAAAGCCCAAAGCCAGCAUUGUAUAUAACUCUGGCAGGACUAAUCCCUUUCAUUGCUCCACCACUAAUCAUGGUCAUGACAAAGUCUUAUAUCCCUGCAUUAGCUUUUACUCAGAUGGCUUAUGGAGCCAGUUUCCUGUCUUUUUUAGGAGGGGUCAGAUGGGGUUUUACUCUGACAGAAGGUAGUCCAGCCAAACCAGACUACCUUAAUUUAGCUAACAGUGUAGCUCCUAUUGUGUUUUCAUGGUUUGCCUUCCUCAUUUCUGAAAGACUCAGUGAAGCCAUAGUCACAGUAAUAAUAGGUUUGGGGGUAACAUUACAUGUUGAACUUUUUCUCUUGCCGCAUUAUCCCAAUUGGUUCAAAGCCCUGAGGAUAGUAGUCACUUUAGUGGCUGUUUUGUCAUUUGCAGUCACUUUAAUACUUCAAGAUAUUUAUCCAGAGAAAGGAUCUAAGAGACCUGGUCAAGUAGAAUAAAUAUAAAAUUACUUUGUUGAUAACAUUACCAUGUUGGCUACAAGUUUAUGUGUAUGUAAGAAGGGCAAGUGGAGUGCUGGGGAUCAAACACAAGGUUUGAGCAUGGUGGCAAGCACUCCACUAUUUUGGGAUGUACCCUUACCUACCUGCCUACAAGCUCUCGGAAGUUACAUUUUGGUAUCACCUUUCUUCUAUUGGUAUUUGCCCUUCCCCCACAGUGGUAAUUUUUUUUUUUUUUUUUAAA